UAUGUAACUGGGGCAGCAGAUUUCGCAGGAGAGAGGAGGCAGAAGCUGGGGAUGGGAGCAGUGAGCUGCCGGCAGGGGCACCACGCCCAGAUGGCUGCUUCUCAUAAGCAGGGUGGCAACAUCCGGGGCCCCUGGGUCCAAGGCUGGAAGAGCCUCUGGUCAGGUGUGGGGACCACAAGGUCAGGUGUGAAAGGACUGUGGGGACUACGGGGGCAUCAGUUCCUGCACCGGGAGCCCCUGGAGCCAGCCCCACUGCUAGUAGAGAAGCCGCUGCCUGAAUGGCCAGUGCCUCAGUUCAUCAACCUCUUUCUGCCGGAAUUUCCUAUUAGGCCCCUUAGCAGGCAUCAGCAGCUAAAGAUUUUAGGCCUUGUGGCUAAAGGCUCCUUUGGAACAGUCCUCAAGGUGUUAGACUGUGGCCAGAAAGCAGUAUUUGCAGUGAAGGUGGUACCCAAGGCAAAGGUCCUACAGAGGGACACCCUGAGGCAGUGCAAAGAGGAGGUCAGCAUCCAGCGACAGAUCAACCAUCCUUUUGUACACAGUAUGGGGGACAGCUGGCAGGGGAAACGACACCUCUUCAUUAUGUGCAGCUACUGCAGCACAGAUCUGUACUCCCUGUGGUCUGCUGUUGGCUGCUUGACUGAGGCUUCCAUCCGCCUCUUUGCUGCUGAGCUGAUCCUGGUGCUGUGCUAUCUCCAUGACUUGGGCAUCAUCCAUCGAGAUGUGAAGAUGGAGAAUAUUCUUCUGGAUGAACGAGGCCAUCUGAAACUGACAGACUUUGGUUUGUCCCGCCACCUGCCCCAAGGAGCCCGAGCCUAUACUAUCUGUGGCACUCUUCAGUACAUGGCGCCCGAGGUCCUGAGUGGAGGGCCUUACAACCAUGCUGCUGACUGGUGGUCCCUGGGUGUCUUGCUUUUCUCUCUGUCAACUGGAAAGUUCCCGGUGCCAGCAGAGAGAGAUCAUGUGGCCAUGUUGGCAAGUGUGACCCACUAUGACUCUGAGAUCCCAUCUUCUCUUAACCAGGGGCUCUCACUUCUGCUCCACGAGCUCUUACACCAGAAUCCCCUUCACCGUCUACGUUAUUUGCAUCACUUCCAGGUCCACCCUUUCUUCCGGGGUGUGGCCUUUGACCCAGAGCUCCUACAGAAGCAUCCAGUGAACUUUGUCUUGGAGACACAAGCUGCCCAGUCUAGUCCAUCAUCGGAGUCCAUGUUCUUCAAGGACUUUGACUGUAAUCUGGAGUCCUUCCUGGUCCACCCGAGGCUGGCUUGAGCUCCUCUACUGGAGUUGGGGCCCAUCCGGGAACCUGAGGACUUCCUCCACUGCCAGCUCACUGUGACCACCUGAUGAUCAGUUUGUUUUCACUUUGUAGCUUCUUAUCAUUCUGUUCCUCUAGGUGUUGAACCAGAGUUCAGACUGGGUGUUCUGCUGUUGGCAGCCACAAUGCCCUAGUUCUUACCUCAUCAUACAAACUCUCUCUCAAUCUCGGAUCAGAGUGUGGAUCUUUACCUUUAUGUCAAUUCUCCAGUGCUUACACCCUGCAGUUUUUAGCCAGAAGUUUAUUCCACUUUUCCUUCUUGUUUCUGUGCCAUGUUUCCUUUCAUGAGCAAUAACAUUUCAUGGGUUCCCAAGGUGCUAUUUAUGUGUUUAAUAGGCUUGUCAGAAGCAGUAUGAAUGUUUUUCAGAGGUCUCAAAAGCUAGCAUUUAUUUCAACUCCUAAAUAUACAGGUAAAACAUGAUUUAGGGCCCAAAGUCAGUCUAAUUUUUUAAAAUUUAAAAAAUCUAAUAGCAUACUGUGAGGAAGAGAAUAAGAAAUGAAACAUGGUUAGGUUAUAUGUCUUCUUUAGGGGUAACUGGAAUAACUAUCCACAUUUUUUCCAAAACAAAACCUCUUUGAAAGACAUAAGCAUUCUUAAACUGAUCUCUUCCCUAGAUGGCCAAGGGUUUAGUUUGUGAUGGGCAAACCAAUGGAUUAAGAGGCAUGACAUCAACUUUGAGAUUUAAGAUAAGAGAUGUAACUCAAGAACCUUUUCCUUUAGGAAAAUCACCUGAACCUUAAAUUUGUAUAUAUUUCUUGCCUUCAUGACUUCUUUUCAUUUUUCUGUAACUUCCUAAAAGCUUCACUUUCAUUAUUCUUCAGUCAUAUCUGAAGAGAGUCUGGGAAGUACUCUGAGUACUGUUUAUUAAUUUUGUCCCUGGUUUAAGCCAGAUUUUCCUUGUAUGUAGCUGGCAUUUUAUUGACCUCUGCAGAACUGCUUUUUCUGAAUUGUACUUUGACAAUCCAGAUGAAAAUCCCUAUGAAAUUUAAUUGCUGUGGAUACUGUAAAGAGUGUUUAUAGAUCAUAAUGUUCUAUAUAAGGAUGUAUGUGAGAAAAUUUUCUCUGAACCCAAUUGUGCUUUUCCUCAAUUGCCGGUUGGUUUUCACCUUAAAGACAAUUUAUAUUCAACUGAGUCUAUUUUUCUUUUCAUAUGAUGCUAGACCACUGAGAGCCCAGUUUGUGGUCCACUUCCAGCAAGUGUUUAGGACCUCAUGUUAUGUUAUGUAUGCUAGCCAUGUUCUUAGUUCCAUCCUCCUU